UACUUUCCGGUUCUCGUCGAAGGUUGCAGUGAGUGAAAUUUAGAAGUUAAGUGUAAAAUUGUCAUAUGUUCUAGAAAGCUAGACAGACGCACCCCGAAGCUAUGAGAGCGACUGUCGUCAUUACCCUGGCGCUGCUGACCGCCAUGGCCGGCGCCCUACCUCGAACGAGGGAGGGAACUAAACGCCGAACACUGGUGGAUGAAAUAAUUGCGAAACGGGCUACCAAAGCAUCCACCCCCGCUACAGCGGACACCCCGAACAAGCAGGUCGUAAUUGAAAAUUUCUUCACCACCCAGGUGGACCACUUUAACCCACAGGAUUCGGAGGAAUGGACGCUGCGAUAUUUUUCCGCCUCCGAUCACUACCUGCCGGGGGGUCCGAUUCUGAUUUUCCUAGGCGGUCACACACCGAUUGUCCCUUCGAUGAUUGACGAGACCUCGCUGAUCUACGAAAUGGCUAGGGAGAUGAAUGGUGUGGUGUAUGCUUUUGAGACUCGCUUUUUCGGUGAAAGUAGAAUUACUAGCGACUUGAGUACGGCGAACCUUCGUUUGCUGAACACCGACCAGAUCUUGGCGGAUCUUGCUGAGUUCGUCGCCUACUUGCGGCGCGAUGUUAUACAGAAUGAAUUCGCUCAUGUUAUGGUGUCCGGUAUGGGAUACGGAGGAGCCUUGGCGGUGUGGUUCCGAGUUCGCUAUCCGCAUCUGGCCGAUGCCGCAUGGUCUUCCAGUGGCACUCAGAAUGCGAUUUUGGACUUCCAGGAGUUCACAGAAUCCUGGGGUGACACGCUGAUCGAGUUCGGUAGCCAGACUUGCUACAACGACAUCUUCGUGGCUUUCCACGUGAUGCAGAAUUUGAUCGACUCCGGUUUGGCGGACAUGGUUUCGGAGAGGUUCAACAUCUGCUCGGAUAUCAACGCGGACGAUCGUAUCCAAGUGAUGUACUUCUUCCAGGUGAUGAUGCAAGCGAUAGAGAUGCACACUUUGGCUAAUCAAAAUGUUACCGACUUUGAAGAAGUUUGCAACGAUAUAACCGGUGGAACCGAAUCGGCUUUGGAUGCAUUUGCCAACUGGUUCAACACUAAGUUCGCAGUUGACGUUGGUUGCGUUGUAGUCGAUCUGGACGAGGCAGUGGAAGUUUUCAGUCAAGCGGAUUGGGAUUCAGCCCUCAAUCAGUUGGGAAUUCGUCAGCGAAUGUAUCAAGCCUGUACGGAGUUCGGAUGGUUCUUUACGACCGACUCGGACCAGCAACCGUUCGGAAGCCGGGUUCAGUUGGAAAUAUACACCGAAACUUGCACCCGGAUUUUCGGUGACUGGCAAAGCUUCGAGUCCAUUUAUUAUGGUGUUCGCCGGGCCAACAAUCGUUAUGGAGCCAACAGUCCUGCAACCUCUCAGGUGCAUCUAACGAACGGUGCGGCCGAUCCGUGGCGCCGAGCUAGCAUUACCAAUGAUCUAAAUCCGUUUGCGUUGGCCGAUAUUAUUCCCGGAGCGCUUGGAGGUGCUGAUUUGCCAGCUAUUUCGGAGAAUGAUUCCGAAGAAUUGCAAGAGAUCAAGCGUAGAAUCAAGGCUCUAAUGAGCAGAUACCUGUUUCCCGUCGAUCCAAGAAGUUAAACAGCAGCUACGAAGGAGACUUCUGUUUCUGUUCAAGUAAUAGCAUUUUUGAUUGAAUAAAACGAUUCGUUCUCUCCAAA